AUGCAGUUUUCAUUCGCUUGUGUGCUGUCGACCCUAUUAGUGAGUGGGUCAUUGGUUGAAGCCAGCCCUUUCGACUUUAUGUUUGGAAAUGGAACGUAUCAAAGUCAAAGUCAGAGUCAAAGUCAAAGUCAAGUUUCUCUCACUAGUAUAGUUCCCCAGGUUAGUUCCACCACCACAGCAUAUUAUCAAAGCGGCCAUUCGCACCAGUCUGCCACGAUAGUCACUGCCACGAUCUCUUCUCUCCCAUCCACUUGGUAUAGUCCGGAAUCCACGUCCGAGAAUUCUGCGUCGUAUGCCUACCAACAAUCCGAUUACACCAGUGAGCAAAAACCCUGGGGCCCAUCUUCCAACAUUCAGCAAUCUCCCAGUACGACCAGUUUGAAUGCUGUGAAAUCAGGUGCAAAUAGUGCGUUUACCACUUCUGAUGUUUCCACCACCAGUGCUCUCAUUGAUACGAAUGCUAAUUCUGCCUCAUUUAUAACUACGACUGAACCAGAGGCUGCAAUGAGCGCAUCUCUCACUUCAGAAACCCCAAUUAUCUCGACAAUUGCGAUGUCUGCAGGUGAUAAUAUGUUUUCGUCGUCAAGAACCCCGGUUCUUGCCUCUGCAACAACCUCCGGAAUUCCAGAAAGUUUUUAUCAAGCUUCGGCUGCUGAGUCAACAACCUCCGGAAUUCCAGAAAGUUUUUAUCAAGCUUCGGAUGCUGAGUCAACAACUACUAUCGCUUCCACAAUUAGUUCUAUUUCGUUGCAAAACUCAGCUGAUCUUGGUGGAUCUAAUGCGCUAACUACUGCUGGUGCAUCGAUGUCUGCAUAUCUUCCAUUAAGCUCCAUAGGAAUUGAUAGCUCCGCUGCUUCAUAUACAACGAGUACAGCUUUAUCAGCUCCUUUGCUACAGACAAGCUCUUCUGAAAGUUUCAGCAUCGUUAGUCCAUCUGUAUCUUUUAUUCCACCACAAAGCUCAUCAGAUAUUGCUAGUUCCGGUGUUUCAAGUGUAGCUAGCUCCUUUUUUUCUGGUCAACUGCAAACAAGUACUUCAGGUAGCAUGGUUUUAGCAGUGCCAUCCGCGUCUGCCCUUCCAUCUCAAAGUUCAAAAGAAGUUUAUAGUGGUAGUGCUUCUAGUACAAUGAGCUCAUUUCUAGCUGCUACUUCACUGCAAACUAGCACAUUAGGUAGCUUAGGUUUAGCCAGCUCAUCUGCGUCUGAUUUUUCAUUACAAAGCUCGACAGACCUUACAGAUUCGAGCGUAUCCGCGACAAUAAGCACACUGAUGUCCUCAACUUCACUACAAAGUAGUAGUUCGAGUAGUGUCAGCUUAGUUGGUCCAUCCGCAUCUUUUGUUCCACCACAAAGCUCAGCAGACAUUGCUAGUUCCAGAGUUUCAAGUGCAGUUAGUUCAUCUUUUCCUGUUUCACUUCAAACUGGUAGCUCUAGCACAAUUAACCCAUCCUUGUCAACCACGUUAUCUUCAAGUGUUAUUAGCAGCACUAGAGCUUUUGCCCCUCCCUCAAUAUCUAAACCACUCUCAAGUUCCACGUCAGUCACCUCUAUGGCAAAAGUUUCUCAAUCACAGCCUUCAUUCACUUCAAGCUCUCUUUCGGAGUCUCAAACUACAAGUACUCCUGUUGUGCUACCUAGUAGUUCGAUUAUCACAGAAUCAUCACCUCAUGUUAAAGCAAGCGUUUCAUCUACAGUCAUAUCUUCUCCUGUACUUUCUAAAUCCACAGGAACUUUACAGACAAGUAUUUUGCAAAGCACCACAGCUGGACAAAUUUCCUCCUCCACAUUGUCUUCAACCACAGAUGGAAGUACAACAUCUAACCAAAAACCUUCCACAAGCUUCAUUCCAGUUCAAGCAUCUACCUCUGUUCUUUCUCAAUUUCCAUCAUCCCAAACAACUAGCCAAUCGGGUUCUACCAUAUCAGUAUCUCAAUCCACAACAUCAUCCAUCAAUAUACUUUCUCAAAUCUCAGACAUACCGGUGCAUUCCACAAGUUCAUCAUCGUUCGUUUCUCAGACAUCUAGCUCAUUUCAAUCCGCUACUACAACUACUCAAUAUUUCUCCGUUUCUACGGAUGAAACACUUUCCGAAAAUGGUUCUACUAUGACCCAACAAUCUUCUGAGACUGCUAGCUCAAUUAAACUGUCAGCUUCUAACGACUAUAGUAUUCAGACAACUGCAGCCACUCAUUCAAUAUCCUUGUCUCUCACCGAGGGAGAUAGUAGCUCUACCUACACCUCAUUGGAAUUUGUGACAUCUGCCUCCACCUCAUUGGAGACAUCUUCCACUUUACUUACACCAUCAACAUCUUCUGCGAGUCAGAUUCCUACAAACACGAAUUCCCAGGCAAGUUUGACAACAGAAUCGACGAACUUUAUGCAACCAUCAACGUCUAUAAAUCAAGUGUCCACAAACACUAAUGUUCAAACGAGUUUGACAGCAGAAUCCACAACAGUUUUACAACCAUCCACGACCAAUGGUACCGAUAAUUACAGCUCAGUCACUUCGAGUGACAACAACUGGUGGAUUCCAACCGAAUUAAUUACUCAGGCACCAGAAGCUGCAUCCACCGCUUCUUCCACCGCUAGUGGAACACAAACUAUGACAUUGCCUCAUGCAAUUGCAGCUGCUACGCAAAUACCUGCAUCUGAGGGGUACAGCUUGAUUACAGUUGGGUUUAAGAGAGCCUUAAACUACGAAUUUGUUGUAUCGGAACCAAAAUCAUCGGCCCAGAUCUUUGGCUACUUGCCUGAAGCUUUGAACACGCCUUUUAAGAACGUGUUCACAAACAUCUCAGUCCUACAAAUAGUACCGUUACAAGAUGAUUCACUCAGCUAUCUGGUAAGUGUUGCUGAAGUAUACUUUCCAACGGCGGAAUUAGAGGAGCUAUCGAAUCUAAUCACGAACACUUCAAGCACUUUUUACACGAGUGGUACAGGUACCGCGAAGUCUAUGGCUGCAAUGGUUGAUCCAUCCAUCCCUCUAACGGGCCUUUUACGUGAUAGUAAUAAUGACUCAAACGGAUCUUCUGGAUCCUCCUCUGGCAGUUUGAAUUCUGGAACUUCAAAUUCAGGAUCCAGCUCAAACUCAGACGUUUCUUCGUCUUCUUCUGGAAACUCCUACCAAGAUGCAGGUACCUUGGAAUAUUCAUCAAAGUCUAACUCCAACUCCAACGUAUCUGGCUCCAACAAAUCAAAGAAAAAAAUCAUUGGUUUAGUCAUUGGUGUUGUUGUUGGAGGAUGUUUAUAUAUUUUAUUAAUGAUUUUUGCUUUCAAAUAUAUUGUAAGAAGACGCAUUCAAAACGAAGAAAUCAUUAAAAGUACAGAGGUUUCCAGUAUCAGUUCAAGUGAAUUUGGCGAGGAGAAAAGAUACAAUAAUGAAAAGAGAUUGAGUGUUCAAGAAUCUAUAACACAAUCUAUGCGAAUUCAGAAUUGGAUGGAUGAUAGUUACUAUGGUCACGGGUUGACAAAUAAUGACUCGACUCCAACAAGGCACAACACAUCGACUUCCAUACCAAAAAUUUCAAGACCAAUUGCUAGUCAAAACUCCUUGGGUUGGAACGAAGUUUAG